CAGGAAGUGAGUAAUACUUGUAUGUCAAAGCGUUUCCAUGCUACUGGUUUGCACUGGGGACACUAAAGCUGUCACUUCGGAUUCAAUGCAGACUGUACGUGCAAAUCCAAGGAUGCCAGAGCCUGUUCUGCAAAGCCUUGGAGAGAGAAGCCCUCUAAACACAGAGGUUGUGGAGCAGUUUGCCCAAAAUAUGGGAGAGAGCAUAAUCCAGUCAUUACUAAACCAAAUAGAGAAAGGUGAACCUGAGAUGCCCGUUUCUGAUCAAGAGGAAGAGAUGUUAGCAAAGGCGUUAGCGUCAGCAGUAAUUGAAGAUGCACUGAGAGAAGCUUGUGUGGCUCAAAACAUCAAAGAUUGCCCAAACACUGAUCCCGAAUAUGCUGAAAUGGUGUCUUUUGUGGAUAAAUCUGGAGAGAAAAACUUGUUGGACACAGACAUGGAUCAAAUGAAGGACAUCCAGACUUCCUAUCAUCCACCUCUAUCCCAGUCAGGGCUUCCUGUUGUGGGAUCUCUCGACUACCCCGACACCCCUCCGACCACCCCUCUCAUCCCCGAGCUUGAGAGGAGCAGACACAGCUUUGCCCGAAAGCUAAAAGGUGGACUGGCAAAGGUUUUCCUGCCCUCUCCUCCUCCACCAACUCCAAAAGAUAAAGAAGACGACUCAGGCGGCACCAUUACUGAUCCUCAGAUGGAACUGAUGGAGCACCUGAUGCAUUCACUGUCCACGAAUGAUUUGGCAAGAGACUCUUUAGAUGCAGAUCCUCAGCAUGGGGCCAGCAUGGAGGCGUUUGCAGAGGCUAUGUCGUGUGAUAUCAUGGACUGGGUCUUCAGUGUUAAAACCAGAGAGCAGAUACCAGAUGAAAUUGAUCUUCAUCUUUUCGCCCACCAGCUGACAGAGACCAUCAUCACUUCCUCCCUGGAGAAAGCUAAAAUGCUGGUCUAAAAUAUGGAGUCAUACGUAUCUGAUAUUUUCCCAUAAAUGCCUGUUUUUUUUUUUUUUUGUUUUUUUUUUUUACUUUUUAUUAAAUAAAGCCCAGUAAAGUUCAACAAGAUGAAGAGUUGACUUGUGGAAUUUUUGAAAUCUGAUCCAUUUGUUUUGUUUUCUUUCUUUUUUUAUGUUCCCCGGGGGUCAGUCCUUGGACCUCUUCUGUUCAACUUGUAUAUGCUCCCUUUGGGUAAAAUAUUACAGAACUAUAGCAUUAGUUAUCAA